UUUAAGAGUACACGGUAACAAUGAAUGUAGUGAACAAAUGCUCAAUAUUGAUUCAAUUCAAUGUGAUCAUGAAUAAAUUGUAUUCACUUGAUUGAUAUUUACUUGGAUACAUUUUUGUCAAUCAAAUUAUUGAUUACUUCAACUCAAUGGUGGGGGGGAGGUCAAAGAUCAAAUCUUAUAAAUGAGUCCUAUUCAAUGAGUUGUUGCAUCAUAGUUGUAUGAUUAAAUUGACAUUUGGUUUGUGUUAUCAGUAAAAGUUUUACAACUUCUGUUGUUCUAGUGUUUCGGUGUAUCUGUUCUACUCAAAAAUUAGAACAAUCAAAAUGAAUGAAAUCUCUACAGCAUCCAUUGAAGAGACACAGAUUAUCCAAAAAACAAUCAAUAACAUGAUAAAUACUAGAAACCAACAGCACCAAAUCACCAUGAUGGAUGAACAGUCACUGAAUUCUCUUCUGAUUGGUAUGAAUCCGUCACAAGAAAUCCUUAAACUGAUCCUGGCUUUAUACGCUCUGAAACUACCAAUUCAUUCACUACCCAAAGAGAAUAAAGCUACUCAGACUGAAGAUCCGACAAAUACGUCACUUAUCUCAGGUUAUACAGGACUGUCAUCAAAAUGUGUGAGUAUUUCACAAGUGGCUUCCAGUAUAUUCAGUUCAAACAGAGGAAAUUCAAUGAACGACAGUCAAGAAAAGAAUUCAUGUCCAUUUAUUCGAGUUGUAACGCAUAAAAAUGGUAUACUCGUUCAUUUGGGCCAACUGGUCAGUUUAUCUGAGGAUCAGAAAUCAUUUAUCAUGCGCAAUGUGAUUAGUUUCGACCCGUUAAGAGUACAUGAACGAACAAUUUCAACAUUAGAACCAGCGGAAAUUCUUGCACUCACUGAAUCCAAACUUCAAAGUCAACAUGGUAAAAGGGGAAAUUUAUUGUCUGAUUAUUUACAAAAUCAAAUGAUGUUCAAUGCUUCAGAGAACUCAUCGUGUGAGAACAGUAAACAUGUGAAUAUAUCAGAGCAAAAACAUGAGGCAGUGCACGGUCCGUUACUUAUCACUCCCAGUGAUGUCCUUAUUCGUUUAAGUGAAGUACGCGAGUUAAGCAUUGUUCCAGUAAUUCGCUUUGACCAUCCUAAGCAAAUGCGAAAAGUCAGCUUGAAGGAUGGAUCUGAAAGAAUAACUGAAGUCAUGCAGUAUGGCCCCAGUCAAGACAUCGUUAAUACAAGUAAAUUGUCAGAGAGUACAAACAAGCGGUCAGAUUCAUCAUUACAGUGUAAUGAAUCUACGGAUAUUACCAACAGCUCUAAAAGUCUAGAUCCAUGUGACGAUACUGAUCAAUUAAGUGAAGUGAUGACUAACGGCUUUUCUAAACGAAAGGAAAUCGACCAGGAAUUUGGCAAGAAGACUUCAAUGAGGAAAGAAAAGAACAAGGUGAAAGAGGAAGUUGAAAGACUAGAAAAAGGAAAAGGGAAGUCGAAAUCUUCGAUGAAGCAUUUAGAAUUCUCCGAAAAUAGAUCUACCACACAAAUAAGCUGCAAUAACAGUACGGACUGUAACAACAAACAAAGUGUCCAACAAAAUCUACAAAAACAAGUCCCAGUAGAACAGAACAAAAACAGUGAAGCAAAACCACUAUCUUUACACAAAACAAGAAUACGUAACACAUCUGCAGAAAGUAGAAGGCGACGAGAACGACGUCUUUUGAACAAGCGAAGAUAUUCAGAGUGACCUCGAUUCGAUUUUCUUGGAACUUGUCACAGCUGCAUGUACCUGAGUAUACUAGUGAUGAUGUUCUCAAUGAAUUCAUGUCUCACCUCAAACACCAUUAUUAAUAGACCUCAAGUACACCCAAUUGACGAUAAAUUCCCAAUUUUGUUCAAUCAUGUGCUUAUAAAAAACAGUGAAAUCGACUGCAUGCUCAGUUAUUUUAAUAAUAGCCUAUUAAAUUAGCGUUGUUUAGCCCUAGUUACAUACUUUUUUCAGUGAUUUAAUGUUUACCACCCAGUAACGGUUGUCAGGGUGGCAUUUUCUUUUCAUUUCGUUCGAAUAUGUGUUAACUGAAAUGUGUGCUUAACUCAAAGGAAUUUAAAACUAACAUACUAUGUGAUGUUUUCAAACAUUUAAAUAAGGGUCGAGUGAAAGAUAUCAGGUUCUUUUUCAAACGCUCAUCUUUUAGAUUAUUGAAUUGUGAUCCAAUAAUCCCCAUUCCUAGCCUUAGCCUAGUCGACAUUAAGCUAGGUGACUGCACAAAGUGCUGACUGUUGAAAAAUUCAAUAUCAGGGCAAAAUGACUACAUAGCGCCUUCUAGUUUACGCUGGUACUACAACCAACAUCCAUCCGUAAUGAAAGUCGACCCACAUAAAACAUUUUUCAUUUAACACAGUUUCUUCUGUCAAGACCGUUUGAAGCAUAUUUGGAAUGGUCCCUACAAUGUAACUUGUACUAUUGUCUAAUUGUUGAUUUUUUUCAAAGAAUCUGAACUUCUUCCAUAGCCUCCAAGUGAUUAGAACGAUCUUUAAGGAGAGAUAUUUUUUAGAAUUUCAGUAUUCAGAAAGAUGAAAUACUUUCUUCCCACUUCAUCUAACACAGUGAGGAAUGGUGAGGUUAGAUGUAGGAUACUAGGUAACGACUGAAAAUUCUUCGAUGAAUUCUUGUUGUUUCACCCACUGGGGCUUCUGCGGUAUACGUUCAAAGUACAAAAUUCACCACAUAACCUGAUAUGAACUCCUGACUGGCGUGACAGUCGGUCGGAAGCUAGCUAGGGGCUAUUAAACAAAGUUACUGACUGUUGAUUUGAGUCAUGUUAGUUAGUGUUGGAAUUCAGGCAACAACUGUGAUCAGUAGUCAAAAACAUGCAGCUGGCAAGUCCCCGAAAGGACGAUCACGACUCCUGGAUUCCAUUGCUAGCUACAUUACAUCUAUUGUAUUAAACUGGUUGGGGAUGUUAUGUGCCACAAUUAGCGGUGGUGUCCAAUCAUUCAUUCAUCACUCUCUAGUUUCCGAGUCUCAGUAUUAUCUCAUACUUAUUCUACAAACCUAUUACGUUUCUCGAAGCUAGUUCUCCGUUUUAUUGUGAUUAUUUACUACAGUCAUUCCGAUUCGUUUGCUAUUCAUUAUUUCUAAUUUCAUCUUUGAUAUACCAACGUGAUACGAUAUAAUAACCUGUGCCCAACCACGUUUCUGUUACGCAACACACCAACCGUGACUGAUUCAUUGACCGAUCCACUUUGUCCUGAGGAAUUACCUGGCAUAAAUAACUGUCAGGUGACAAAUAGUUUCCUUCACGAUGAAACAAAGUCAUAUUUAAAAUUAUCAGUGCCAAAGACUAAGUUUUCGCUAGCAUAAACUAUGAACGUUUCUUGUAGAUAGAUUUUCACUGAUUGCUUCUCUAUAAUGUUAACAAAUUAUAGGGUAGCGGGAAAAUGCAAGCCAAAUCUGUCAAUAUCUCUAGUUCAUCAUUCUUAAAAUGCCCAACAUCUACACCACAUUUGAUAAAUGGUCGUUCUGAAGCAUCAUCAAGAUGGUACGAUAAUGGCAUUGUGUCGAUAACAAUUCAAGAGUCGUCAACAAACUCAACCAUGAACCAUUCAAAUAGUUUGUUGAAACCAAGACAGAAAACACCAGUGAACAAUCGCCGCUUGAAAUAAAUGAAAUCCAGUGAAUGAUGAUUAGUCAUCUGUUGUAUCUCCAAAUUUAGCAUUGACAAUGCUACUCUUGUUUAGUCGAUAUUAUCAAAUACGUUUAAUCUAUCUGAUUUUCAACAAUACAAGAGUCCGAUUUUACUGUUUCUCAUUCAUACUGUAGAUUCAGUCAAGCUUAUUGAUGAAAAGAAAUGUGCAUUCAUUAUUCUUAUCAUAUCAUAGUCUGAAAAGUUCGGUCGAUCAUCAUAAAACCUUAUUUGAUGUUAGGUGGCUAUAACUAGCCGUUUCGA